CGUUUCCGCUUUCUUUAGCGUCACAGUUAGUUGUGAAAAAACGGUUAAUGCAUGUCGUUCUAGAACCAUGGAUGAAUUUCGUCGGUUUUUAACUGAUUGCAAAUGGUUAGAUAACUUAGCUCCAAACAUCGUUUCCGAAAUAGAAAGUUUUCUCUGUUCUUUGCAGACUAAAGCAGAUGAAUGGAAGGAAAAGUUCGAAGUACAUCGCUGUACUUGCGAGCAACAAUAUUUUGAACUAGAAAAACAAUUAAUCACAGCAAACUCUCAGUUAGAAACUCAGAAUGAAUCUACGAAGGAUUUGAAUGGAAAAUAUGAAGAGCUAGAAAACAGAUAUAAAGUAUCUUCUACAAAGUUAAAGGACCUACAAAAUGAACAAGAAGAGUUCCUCACCUUAAAGAUUCAACUUAGUAAAUCAAAUGAACAAUUGGAAGCCGAGAAGAAGGAGUUGGCCAUACUACUAGAAAAGAGAUCAAAAGAAGUUGAUCGUCUAAAUGAGGAGUGUAAAGAAUUAUCAGAGAAAUUCUCUGAAGCUAAUCGAGGUAAAUCAGAAGCUCUUGCAAAAGUUGAAGAAUUCCACAGUAAUGACAUUAUUGCUAAGUACCAAAAAGAAAGAUUUUCUGAAGAGAUUAAGCAACUGAAAGGACAAGUUGACUAUCUUAAUAGUGAACUGGAGAAGAAAAUCACAGACCAGCAGAAUAUUGUUAAAGAUAAGACUGCCCAGUUGCUCAAAGUUCAAUCUGAGCUUGAUAUGAAAACUGAUGAGGCAAUGUUAUUGAAAGAAAAUAUUGAAUCACUGAAGAAUGUAAACAAUGAACAGAGAAAAAAGAUCGAAGAGUUUAAUGAAAAACUCAAAGAUGCUCGUGAUGAUCAAAUCAAAGCAGAAUUCCAGUUUCAGCAAGAAUUACAAUCACAAACAAAGUUAGUAAAUCUGUACAAGGGUUUAUCUGAAGACUCUGAGAAUAAGAUUAAGGAACUGUUGCGUGCUGUAUCUGAACUGCAGAAUCUUUUAAAAGAAGCAUCAGAAGGACGAAGCAAACUAGAAGCGAUGAAGGAUAUGGAAAAAAGCAAGUUUUUGCAGCAACUGGAAGAAAAAGAUAAAAAGACCAAAAAUCUUGAAAAUGAACUUCGUAAUGCUAAUGACCUUCUCUCAAAAUCAAAACUGUGUGGUACAGAAAUGUCUGCUGAAAGUAUAGCAUCAGUUUCGCCUACAGCUGCAGCAACGAGUAAACUACUCAAGUCUGGUAUGACACUGACACAGAUCUACAGUGAAUAUGUUCAAGCCAUUGAAGAACUACAGCUAGAGAAGGAAGAAAACAAAAGGUUGAAGAGUUACUUGGAUCAGAUUAUGCAAGAAAUUGAAGAAAAAGCCCCUAUCUUAAGGCAGCAGCGAGAAGAUUAUGAGCAAGCCUUACAUACCAUAACACAGCUUACACACAAAUUGGAUACUGCUAUGUUGGAAGGACAAAAGCUUCGUAGUGAGACUGAGGAAACGCGUAGACGUAUGACAUAUUCUCAAAGAGAAAUAAAAAGGCUGACACAACAAUCAACAGACUUGGGACAACAGGUUCAGUUUUUGCUGCGUGAAGUUGAAGAAUUACGAGGUGGACAUAUUGUAGCUAAUGAAGAAGUUUCUUCUACUGAGGUGACAAGUUCUUCACAACUUAUUUCUGAGAGAUUGGUCACAUUUAAAAGUGUCCAAGAGUUGCAAGUACAGAACCAGCGUCUUUUGGAAGUGGUUAGAAAACUUAGUGAAGACCGUGAAACAGAAGAACAGGCUGCAACGGAUGCAAAGUCACAAGAGUUAAAGCAGAGUCUUGAUAAUGCAAUGGAGGAACUGGAAGAACUUAAAACCUCCAGAACUCGUCAAGAAGAAUUAGUAGAAUCCAUUAUUCGACAAAGAGAUAUGUACCGAGUUCUGUAUCAGGAAUCUACUCAUGUUUCAAAUGUCCAGACAGCAACACCAGUACGAGGACAUGGCCGAGGCAGUUACAGGGCACGUGGAAAGUACCAGCAGACUCCUCAAAGCAUGCCUGCUACCCCUUUUAACCCUUUUAGCCCUAAUAAGGACAAAGAACUGGAAGACAUGAAGAUGGCUCUCCAAGAACUGCAAACAGAGUAUGCCACUUACAAACGAGAAAAGGGAGAGAAUGACAAGAUACUGAAUGGUCAGCUUGAAAAAUUACGUGGAGACAUUUCUGACAUGAGAGUUCAGAACACAAAACUUGCUUCACAGCUUGAUUUUGCAACUGAACGCUACAAAGUUUUGCAGAAUAACUCUGAGUGUUACCGUAAAGAGAUCAACAUCCUUAAAGAGCAAAAUAAGAAGUGCUCUACGCAAUGUGUAGAUUUAGAGAAAAAUGUUAGCGUCUUGCACUCGGAUUUGGUAACAGCUCAGUCAAGUGUGUCUCGACUUCAAGUCCGUUGUCAAAACCUGACAACUGAACGCGAUCUAUUAAAAGCGAAUGAACAACGACUUGUUCAAGAGAAAGAGAACAUGUUGAAAGAACAACACAGCCAAAAUGUAUUAUUAUCCAACUUACAAACUAUUCAGAAUAACAUGGAAAGAGUUGAAAAGGAAACCAAAUCUCGGCUGCAACAUCAAGUUGAUGUUAGAGAGAAAGAAUUGACUAACUUAAGAAGAAAGAUGGAUAAUACAGAGACUGAGUUUAAGGCAACCAUUAAAGCCUUAGAGACCAAAAUGAAUGACCUACACCGUCAGUUGGACCAAGAAGUUCAGUCUCACCAAAAGUCUAAAGACACAAUUAUUGAAAUGACACGUCGAGUAAAUACUCAGAAACAGGAAUUGGCAGCUACACAGGCAAAACUCGCAUGUGCUGAAACUAAACUCUCUAAAUCAUAUGGCAGCAUGGAAGUGAGUAGCAAUACAACUUCAUUACAAUUUAAUAUUGAUGGAGAAUCGUUAGCAGUGAAGGAUUUGCGGUCUCGCUUGAAUGACUCACAGACUGAAAUAAAAGGUUUGAAAGAACAGUUGGAAAAGAGUCGAAAACAUGUAGAUCAGUACAAAGCUAUCUCUGAAAGCCUGGAAAAUAGUUUAAAAGAUCAGAACAAGGCAAGUGAAAAUUUCAACCAAAAUGCUGAAAAGAAGUUGGAAACUCUCAAAGAAGCUAAUGAAAGCAAAGACAAAAUAAUUGAAAAACUGGAGAAAGAGAAACAGUACUUGAAUGAAGACAAUACAAAAUUAUCAGAGGAGAAACACAAAAUGGUUUCUGACCUUCGUAAGCAACUCUCAAACCUCCAGAAUGAACUACAGGAAGCUAUCCAGAGCCGAAAGACAGCCAUAAGUAAUGAGCAAGCUGCUCGGGAAGGAUAUGAGAACCAGAUUAAAUUGGCUGCAGAGGCUCAGGACAAAUAUCAAAGGGAACUUAUAUUGCAUGCUGCAGAUAUGGAAGCUCUAUCAGCAUUGAAGAAGAAUUCAGCAGAUUUUACAAAUAAAUUAGAAACUGCCAAAAAAGAGGGAGAGCAAAACUUAAAAACAUUGAAUGAGGCAAAAGCAUCAUGGGCUGAACAAGAAAGAAUAUUGAAGAGUGAAAUGAACCAAAUUGAAGGACGUUGCAAUGAUCUUGUUCACCAAAAUAAUAUUUUACAUGAACAACUUGCACAGUUAUCUGUGCAAGUAGCUCAUAUUCAAAAGUCAGCUGAGGCUUCCAGUGUCCUUAAUACUUCUCUGGAGGAGAAAGAAAAGUCGUCUGAACAACUCCUUGAGGUCAUCAGAUUUUUGCGGAAGGAAAAAGAAAUUUCUGUUGCUCGUGUCGAAGUUGCUGAGGCUGAAGUGUUGCGUAUGAAGCAGCGUCUUGAAAGUCUCCAGAAACAGUAUGAAGAGACCUGUAAGAAUCUUUCUGAAGAAAGGGAACAUUCACAGGUCAAUGUACACUCAGCCGCACAACAUGCCGAUCUAAUGCGUAAAGUAGAGAAUUUGAAUGUGUUUACUGAAAGUAAUGCAAUGCUGAGACAAGAGAAAGAAAGACUGGAACAGCAGGUGAAAGAAUUAACUUUUAAGGUUAAGAAAUUAGAAGAAGAUAUCGAUCCAUUGCUGUUAAAUUUGCGAGAAUUAACUUACCAGAAAGAAAACUUGGCAACUGAGAAAAAUAACCUGAGUGGAGAAGUUGAGAGAUGGAAAGCUCGAACAAAUCGACUUAUUGAGCAAUGUAACAAGUCUGAUCCUGAAGAACACCGCAAGAUUGUACAAGAGCGUGAGGAUUUGAAGAAGCAGAUGAUGGUUCUUAAUGAAGAAAACAUGAAGAAGAAAGCUGAACUUUCCCGGCUUAAUGCAAGUAUGAUGCGAGAUCUAAAUGCUGCUAAAGUAGAAGUUGGAAAGAAAGAGUAAGUUUAAUAAAUAUUUUUUUUUUUCCAUUUAGUUCCCAUUCAUUUG